GUGAAUUGCAAUGGCAACCAUGGUGACAAUGCUGGGAGCCUUCGGUUCAUUGAAGGAGAUUGGUGACAUUGUGGCGAAUUUUGAUUUCAGCAAGAUUGAUGUGCGUUCCAAGAGUUCUGAGGAUUACCUCCACACCAACCUGGCACCAUCGUUUGGGACAUUGAAUCCAGAAACAGUGAAGAAGAUGGAUGAGGUUCUCAAGGUUUGCAUCUCGGGAACUACCACUCUUCUCGCCAAAGUGCCACCAGAAGAGCGAACUUGGGAGAAGGUCAACUCCAUGUUCAUGCAAAAUCCCCUGGUUGAGCCAAUGGGCGAUGGACGAUUUCAAGAUUGA